AUGGGGAUAAAUAGGUGCAUUUGGUUGGCAUUUGCAGUGGUGACAACCCAUAUAGCAGUGUACUGUAUUUUGAAGUCACAUGGUAUAUAUGAUCAACGUUCCUAUAAUAAUGAUGUUGAUAUAUCAGAUAUUAAAUAUUUAGUAAAUUAUUUAGGAAUGUCUUAUGAUAUAAUAAAAGGGAAUCCAAUGGGGGAUCCACUAUUUACUGUCGAUUUAGGAUAUAAAAGAUAUAUUUUGAAGGAAAAACUUUGGCAAAAUGAAAAAGAUCAAAAAUAUGAAGAUAAUAAAAAUAGGCAAGAUAAAGCAAAUCAAGAAGGAAGUAAAUAUCAAAAUGGAAUUAAAGAGAGUAAAGAAAAAUAUAAAACUAGUACCGAACAUGAUAAUGACAUAUUUUUUAUAGCUAAACAAAAAGAAAAUAUCAAAUGCAUUUAUAAUAAAAAAGGAAAAAUAAUUAAAAAAUUAAAAGAUAUAGAUGAUGAAUAUAAGAGUUAUAAGUUUCCAUCAUUAUAUAAAAUUCAUCCUUUUAAUUCUUCAAAUUAUUAUAGGAUGUUAGUUGAACGAAUUGAAAAGGGGUAUUCUAUAAUUAUAGAUAAAAAGAUAUGUUCUAAAUAUUUCGUUGCUUUAAAAAAUGUUGACAAUAGCAAAUUAGACCCGUUUUUUAUAAGUAUGUUGAAUGAUUUGGAAAAAAAUUAUAAUAAUAUAAAUAUAAAUAAAUAUAAAUGUGGUGUACAUUCUUAUAAAAAAAAUAAAUAUGAUAAAAAUUGUUUAAGAACAAUAACCCCAUGGAUUACUUUUUUUAAUUUAUAUGGAACUCAUUUAGUAUCUGAAGUAUAUUAUGGAGGGAAGAUUAUAAACAUUUUAUAUUCUGAUUAUUAUAAUAAUAUAAAUGAUUCUGAGCAAGUUCAAAUAUAUAAAAAACGAUUGAACCCGUUUACAAGUGGAAAUAAGCUUGGAAGUUUUUAUUUUGGAUCAAUAAUAUCGAAGAAACAGAGUUCCACAAAUAAAAACCAGAAUAAUGAUAAUAUGUUAACUUAUAUAAAAGAAAAAAAUACGAUAUAUGAUGGUGGAAUAGAUAUUAAAGAAUACAAAGAUGGUGAAGGAAAAGUUCUCAUGACAAAUGGUAUUGAAGAAGAAUGGGAAAGAACUAUAAAUGGAAAAUAUGCAAAACCAAUUAAAUUAAUUUUAAGACCUUUUUCUGAUUUUAUAAAAACAGAUGAUGGAAAAGUUGCUUAUUAUAAAGCUUUAGAAUAUUAUUCUAGCAUUACUUAUUUUGAUUAUAAUAAAUACCCUUUUGAAAUAAAUAAAACCGAAUCAGAUUUAUAUAAAAUGAGUAUUAAAAAAUGGCAUCAAUAUAUAGAUAAAAAUAUGAAUUUAAAUAUAUCUCUUAAAUGUGAAAAUGAUGAAAAAAUUAUUAGUGGUUUUAUUAUAACAAAUAAAAAAAAGUUAUAUAAUGACAGUAUAGUAAUGCAUGUAUGUUCAUCAAGUGAUGAAUGUUCUAGUGGAAUAAAUAUAGAAUCAGAUAAAAGUUUUGAAUUUGGUUGGAUAUUAUGUGGGAAACAUAAUUUAAAUGAAAUAUAUCAGAUUAAAAAAAAAGCAACUCAUGAGAAUGAGCAAAUUAUUUGUCCAUCAAAUAUGAAAAUAGGUUUUGGAUUUAUAUUAACAAUACAAAAUAGUAUAAGUUCAAAUAUGAUAAUAGAGCCAUGUGUAAGUGGUGUAAAUUCUUGUCAAUCAAAACAAAAAAAUAUAAAUGAAAGUUUUCAAAAUUUUUUUUGGGUUAAUUGCCUUCCUAUUAGUAAACAGUUAUUCAUAAAUACGUUAGAAUCUAAAGCUUUGAGUCAAAAGAUGCAUAUAGACAAAGAUAUUUUAAUUAGUUUAAAAUGUACACCUGGAAAAUUUAUAAUAUUUGGAUUUGCAAUCGAUUAUAUUUCUUCGAGUUUAUCACAUUAUCUAUUAUGUGAAGUAGGCAGUUCAGAAUGUGAUCUAAAUAUUCGAGUUCAACAACCAAAUAUUCAAGAAAUGCAUAUUCCUAUUAUAUAUAUUGUAUGUUCGUCUAUUUAA